AUGACAGCAGUUAAAACACUUCCAUUAGAUUUACAAAUUGAUGUCACAUUUUGGCAUGAGUUUACAAGAAGAAAAUUAGAAAUAUUUAAAUUAAGUGAAAAAGUUAUUCCAAUUUAUGGUAGUAUUGAACCAGGAAGUAAUAUUAUUAGAUUGACACAUGCCUCUUUUGAAAGACAUGAAAGUUGUAUUGAAGGUGAGUUAUUAAAUUACAACACACUUAUUUCAUUUAAAGAAAGUGAUAAAAAGGCAAUAUUUACAGAAUUUUCUGAGAGAUGUAUGAAAUUAUAUGAAGAGGAUUAUUCUGUUGUAGCUAAAUUCAUAUUAAUAGCAUAUGGUGAUUUAAAAAAGUAUGACUUUCAUUUCAUUGGAGGGUGUCCUGUUCCAAAACAACAUAAAGUAAUUGGAGAGUUUGUAAAUAUAAAUAAUGAAGAAUCAAAUGGUUUAUUAAAUAAAUUUAAAGAAAAGAAUUGUAUAGUAUUAAAUAACCAAUUUGAACCUUUAAAAAAAGGAGAUAAUGAGGCUUAUAUUCUUGACUUAUCUCCAGUAAAAGAAACACCAGGAUGGACUGUUAGAACUCUUAUUCAUCAUAAAAUGGAUAUUAUUCAUUGUAUUAGACCAAAUAAUAGUUUUACAUUAAAAUUAACUCAUUUAGAAGAACCACUUAAAGGAAGUAGUGGAUGGUUUACUGUAAAAUCAACAGGCAAAAUUGCUACACAAAUUCAUCACCUUGCAGAGUCAAUGAAUCCAGAAAUGUUAGCUAGUCAAGCUGUUGAUUUAAAUUUGCAAUUAAUGAAAUGGCAAUUAUUUAGAAAUUUAGAUCUUCCAGCUAUUCAAGCCACAAAGUGUUUAUUAAUUGGAGCAGGGACAUUAGGGUGUAAUGUUUCACGUGUGUUAAUGGGAUGGGGAGUUCAAAAUAUAACAUUUGUAGAUAAUGGAAUUAUAUCAUAUUCAAAUCCAGUAAGACAAAGUUUAUAUAAAUUUGAAGAUUGUGUUGAUAAAAAGUAUAAAGCUCAAAGAGCAGCAGAAAUGGUUAAAGAAGUAUUUCCUGGAAUGAAAUCUAAAGGAAUUGUUAUGUCAAUUCCAAUGCCUGGUCAUCCUAUUGGAGAGAAAGAAAUUGAACCAACAAAGAAAGAUAUUUUAUUGCUUGACCAAUUAGUGCAAGAACAUGACGUUGUGUUUUUACUUGGUGAUUCAAGAGAAUGCAGAUGGUUACCUUCAAUGCUAUGCUCUGUUUAUAACAAAAUUUGUAUUACCGUUGGACUUGGAUUUGAUUCUUUUGUUGUUAUGAGACACGGAGAUAGUUCUUUGGAUAAAGAACAUAAACCUUCAUGUUAUUUCUGUGCUGAUAUUGUUGCACCAACUGAUUCUUUGUCAAGAAGAACUCUUGACCAACAAUGCACUGUUACUAGACCUGGAAUUUCUUAUAUUGCUUCUGCUUUAGCUGUUGAAAUACUUAUUUCAAUGAUUCAUCAUCCACUCCAUUCUAAAGCACCAACUUCUGGAGAAGGAUACAUUCCUCACCAAUUACGUGGAUAUCUAAACACAUGGAAAAUUGAAGAAGGUGUUGGAUCUGCUUAUAGUAAAUGUAUUGCUUGUUCAGAAGCAAUCAAAGAGGCAUACACAAAAAGUGGAGUGGAAAUGGUUCUUGAUGCAGUCAAUAAUCCAAAGACCUUAGAAAAAAUAGUUGGUAUUCCACAAGAAGUAGAAAAUGAUAUUGAAAUUUUAACUGAUUCUGAAGAUAUUUAG